GAUGACGUUUAUUGUAUCGAUUUGAAAGUCCGUGUAGCAAGCUAUGUAGGUAAAUGUGCUUAUAAAAAGGCACACAUUCACGCAUUACAACGAUUUAUUUGGCUACUAGUUGUAUUUUAUCAGGUCUAUUUACCCACGCCACUUCGAUACAAAGUUAUUUUCGUAGCAGAGAACCAUGUCGCUUUACGACGACAUGGGCGUCGGGAGUGCGACCAGUGACACCAAGACCGAGGGCUGGUCCAAGAAUUUUAAGCUACUGCAGUCACAGCUGAAAGUAAAGAAGGCAGCUCUGACUCAGGCUAAGAGUCAGCGGAUGAAGCAGGGUACUGUCCUGGCUCCAGUCAUCGACCUAAAGAGAGGAGGUUCCGCUGAUGACAGACAGAUCAUAGACACACCCCCACACAUUGCAGCAGGACUCAAGGACACAGCACCCAGCGGGUUCUCCUCGGGGGAUGCGCUAAUCCCCCUGGCUGAUGAGUAUGACCCCAUGUUCCCCAACGACUACGAGAAAGUGGUGAAGAGACACCGUGAGGAGAGGCAGAGGCAGAGAGAGCAGGAACGACUGAAGGAGAUAGAGGACAGAGAGAAGAAGAGGAAGGACAGACACGAGGGCAGCAGCGCUCCGAGCGGAUUCUCCCGCUUCCCCGCGGCAGAGGGAGAGUCUGAUGAUGAGGAGGAGGACUAUGAGAAGGAGAAGAGGAAAAGGAGUAUGGGUGGAGCAGCCAUCGCCCCACCCUCAUCGCUCGUGGAUAGUAGAGACAGCUCGUCAUACUCCUAUGAGGAUGAGGGGCGACCCUCCCGUGGCUCUAAAGCAGCCAUCCCUCCCCCCAUGUACGAGGACUCCGACCGUCCCCGCUCGCCACCCGGCGGUCCCACCAACUCAUUCCUGGCCAACAUGGGAGGGACAGUGGCCCAUAAGAUCAUGCAGAAGUAUGGCUUCCGGGAGGGCCAGGGGCUGGGCAAACACGAGCAGGGUCUCAGCACGGCCCUGUCUGUAGAGAAGACCAGCAAGAGGGGUGGCAAGAUCAUCAUAGGAGACGCCACUGAGAAGACACCAGGAUCCAGUAGCCAGACGGCAGCAGCUGAGCCUUUAGGCUGGGGCUCGGCUUCAAUAGCGGACCCCUCCAAGAAGUCAGAGGUCAACCCCCUCACAGAGAUCCUCAAAUGCCCCACCAAAGUAGUGCUGCUACGGAACAUGGUGGGCAGAGGAGAGGUGGAUGAAGAUUUGGAGGGGGAGACCAAAGAAGAGUGUGAGAAAUACGGCAAGGUCAUCAAGUGUGUCAUCUUUGAGAUUGCCCAGGUGACAGAUGAUGAAGCAGUGAGGAUAUUUCUGGAGUUUGAGAGAGUCGAGUCAGCCAUCAAAGCUGUGGUGGAUCUGAAUGGGAGGUUCUUUGGUGGUCGGGUGGUAAAAGCCUGCUUCUAUAACCAGGAUAAGUUCAGAGUGUUGGACCUGGGAGAGCAGAUGUGAGAGACACACACACACACACACACACUCCGUCCCACCUGAACCGUUAUGACCCGCCUCAUCCAUACCAACAGGAACGGAAGAAAUGCUCUGACACAAACAUACACACUGGUAAUCACCAGUAGCUCUUUCUGUCUCUUAAGUAGCCCAAACAUUUAUACUCUCAACAGCAGCACAAUGUGUCUGUAUUUAGUAAAGAGUUUCACCUGUAGUUUUUGUUUUGCCAGCAGAAAAAUCUUGUAUGUGAGGUAAUUAACUACUGUCUUGAUCUCUGUGUCCCGAUAUGAACCUGUACAAGUGAAAUCUGAAAAUAAAUGUUUCUUUUGUUUUAAA